GAAGUCACAGAGUCUUAUGCAAAGCUUACCUGCAGCUGCAGUGCAGGAACAACAACAACAUUUGAGAAGUCACGGAACUCGUUUACUCAAGAUAAUGCAAAUGGCGGAGUUAGGAAAAGAGAAGCAAAUGGAGAAAUUAUCUAGUGUGGCAAAGACUCUUGAACCAUCUCCAAUUCAACAAUUAUCUUUCCUUGCGCAACGAUGCAACGCCAUCAACCUCGCCGAGGGAUUUCCCGAUUUUGUCGCUCCCGCUCACGUCAAAAAUGCCGCCGUUAUAGCGAUCAACUCCGACUUCAACCAGUACAGGCACGUUCAAGGGAUUUGUGAUUACGUGGCUCAAAAGAUGAAGGAAAUGCAUGGCAUGAGCAUUGACCCGCUUACAGAUAUUGUGAUUUGUUGUGGGCAAUCUGAAGCCUUUGCUGCAGCUAUUUUUGCAAUAAUUGAUCACGGCGAUGAAGUUGUACUCUUCGAUCCAUCCUAUGAAACUUAUGACACUUGUAUUAGGCUUGCUGGAGGAGUCCCUGUUUAUGUUAGCCUUGAUCCACCUUAUUGGACAUUCGAUCCAAUUAAACUAGAGAAGGCUUUUACUGACAAAACGAAGGCGGUAGUUUUGAACAGCCCUCACAAUCCAACCGGAAAAGUUUUCUCCAAGGACGAGCUCGAGGUUAUUUCUGAGGCAUGCAUGAGACGGGAUGUUCUUGCUGUAACAGAUGAAGUAUAUGAACAUAUAACUUAUGACAGUCGAAGUCAUAUGUCACUUGCUUCGCUUCCAGGAAUGCAGUCACGCACAAUCAUUACAUCUUCCUUGUCGAAGACUUACAGUGUUACAGGGUGGAGAGUGGGAUGGGCGAUUGCUUCUCCUUGUAUCUCAUCCGCCAUCAGAAACAUUCAUAUUAGACUCACAGAUUCUGCUCCUGCGCCUUUCCAAGAAGCUGCUUUGGCGGCUUUGAGAAGCCCUCCUUCAUAUUUUAAAAUGUUGAGAAGUGAUUAUGAGUCAAAAAGAGAUUGCAUCUUCGAGUUGCUUGUUAAGGUCGGGUUCAAGAUGGUCUUCAAGCCUCAAGGCUCGUUCUUCGUGUUUGCGGAGCUUCCUGAAACAUGCUCUCUCUCUGAUAUUGAAUUUGUGGAGGAGCUUAUUAAGAAGGCAGGGGUUGUGGCAGUGCCUGGCUCAGGGUUUUUCCACGGCUCUUGUAAUCGGAGAUUUAUCAGAUUCGCAUUUUGCAAAAGUACCGAGACAUUGUUCGCAGCUUCGACAAAGAUCAACGGGCUCGUAGACGGUGACGGUCGUCUCAAGAUAUUUUACCAUAGAAAUAUUCGAGUUUCCACAUAAAUCGGAACUACUCUUAAUGAAAUACAUUGUGGGGCACGUUCUCGUUAUGCGUUUGGCUGCUGUAUGUGUCCAAAUCAUCAAGACAUUUGUGGAUGUGGAGUAAUUUUUGUUUUUGUGGUAAUGCAAUUUUUGCUUCAUAAA